AUGAGAGUACUCGUAAGCUUCCUUCCAGCAUGCUUCACUAUUAAAAGAAAGACUUCCACUGGUCAACGACGACGAAACCGACCAUUUCUGCCUAUAGUUUAACGCGUGUUUCAUUCUUUCAUGUCUGAAAGAUAACAAGAAAGAAUCCAAAGCUGCAAAUUCCCGAAAAAAUCGAAAGCCAGUGAUGGGUACUGUCAAGCUUGGAGAGAACAUGGAGAUCAAAGAAGUGGUUAUCCAGAAAGCAUGCUCAAUGGCCAUGAAUGCUCACAAAUCUCCAGAGAAGCAAUAUCUUUCUAAAAAGAUUAGAACUUCAUCAUCUGAAGUUGUCUUUAGCUUUCCUGGAUCUUGGUCUGUAAAUGAUUGGUUUGCUGGAACUUCCUUUGGAGAAACGAAGAUGGAUCCUCAGCUCUUUCCUUCUCUCAAAUAUGUUGGUCUUGAUGUAACUGCUACUGUAAACGAAGUCUUUCUCAAUAGAUUCAAAGCAGUUUUGGCUAAUCCACAGUUCCAAAUUGAGGUGGAAAAAGCUGCGACAGACAGGAGGCAAAUUGUAUUUACAGGCCACUCUUCAGGAGGGGCAAUUGCCAUACUGGCAACAAUUUGGUUCUUGGAAGAGCAAAUUAGAAAAAGCUCCAACUGGAUUGCGCCACUCUGUCUGACUUUUGGAUCUCCACUUGUUGGUGAUCGCAUUAUAAACCUUGCACUUAGGCGUGAAAACUGGUCUCGCUACUUUGUGAAUUUCGUUAUGAGAUGCGACAUUGUUCCUCAGAUUUCACUCAGUCCACUCUCUUCCAUUAAUCAAAAACUGCAGCAAGUUCUUGAUUACUUUAAUCAAAAAGCGCAACAACCUCCUAAUGAAGCUCCAGCUUUCUAUGUAACUGUGGUGAAAAAUGCAUCGUCUGUUGCUAAUUAUGCUGCCUGUAAGAUCAUGGGAAGCACGAAUCCUUUAUUGGAGACUAUAUCAAGUUUCAUUGAACUGAGUCCUUACAGACCCUUAGGGACCUAUGUUUUCUGCACAGGAAAUGGGAAACUUGUUGUCUCAAGUAACCCAGAUGCUGUGCUGCAAGUACUGUACUAUGCCUCCCAGUUGAGCACUGGAGAAGCAAGAGAAAAAGUUGAAGUUGCCCAAACAAGCCUAAGAGAUCAUUUGAACUACGGAAAUGACUUGCAAGAAUACUUAAAAAUGUCAAUUGUAACAUGUUUAUAUCAGCAUCAUCCAGAAGCACUUCCGUUAUCUUCGAAUGUUGGAAAUGUUGAGCGUGGGAGAGUUGAUGUGGCCUUGAAUGACCUAGGCCUGAGUGAAAGAGCCAGACUGUGCAUUCAUGCUGCUGAAGCGUUAGAGAAGCAGAAGUUGAGGAACCAGGCAUCAAUUGAAGAAAAGCAGAAAGAUAUUGAGAAAUGUUUAGAUAAGCUAGAAGCGUACAAAAAGAAGGGUGCACUCAAAGUUGGCUAUUAUGAUGCCUUCAAGAGUUCAGAACAAAAGGAGGAUUUCCAUGCUAAUGUAGAGAGGCUUGAGCUAGCAGGUAUAUGGGAUGAAAUAAUAGAAAUGCUGAAAAGGAAUGAACUCCCCGAUGAGUUUGAGGGCCGGAAGACAUGGAUAGAUCUUGGUACCAGGUAUCGUCGCAUUGUUGAACCCUUGGAUAUUGCUAAUUACUAUCGACACCUCAAGAAUGAAGACACAGGGCCCUAUAUGGGAAAGGGCAGGCCAAGACGGUAUAAAUGCACCCAAAGAUGGCGGGAGCAUGCUGAGCGAUUGCCGCAUGAAGUUCCAGGAUCCUGUUUUUGGGCUGAGGUAGAGGAACUGUGCAUUAAAACAAGCUGCCAGGGAAUUAAAGAAAGCAUUUCUCACCUAAAUACCAAAGUCAAAAAGUGGAUUAAAGAUGGGGAACUGGGUGUUGAUGUUCUGUUGGAGAAUUCCACCUUUAAUAAAUUGCUGAAACAACAUUUCCUGACAAACUUUUCUCAGGAUCUUGACCUAAGGAAGGAGUUGCAUGUGCAGGGAUUUGCAGAUGCGUAACUAAUGUUAUUCCGAGCCUUGUACACACCUGAGCAAGAACUUUAUCUGUAUUAGAUAUUUUAUUGUUAUCUGUUCCACCCUGCAAAAUAGUGUGAAAUAAAAUGCUUUUUUGAUCAAUAAUAAAGGCAGAAAUGAAUUUUCAGCUCUUAAAAA